AUGAUAACCAGACCUGUGGAUGAUGUGGACUCAGAGAGACUUAAAGCAGCCAAAGAGAAACUAGCCCCACUGAAUCAGUUGCUGAAUAAACCUGAGACCGUCUCCCUGAGUUUUGAACAGCUCCUGUCUCGAUGUGACCUGACCCCCAGUGAAUUUGAGCAACACCUGCACCUGAUGAGCCAGUCCUGCAGUAUCAUACUGAAGCGUGACCCAAAAGACUGCUGGGUAAACCCUUACAACCCUCAUCUGCUUGAAGCCUGGGACGCAAACAUUGAUGUGCAGUUUGUUCUGAGCUACCACAGUCUGAUCCGUUACAUCUGUACAUACAUGUGCAAAAGUGAGAACUCUGUGAGUCAGUAUCUGCAAACGCUCAAUCAGAACUCAGACAGAGACUGUGUCAAUGAACGGGAUGAAAUGAAGGCAAUCAUGCAGGCAUAUUCCAAAAAGAGAGAGAUAUCAGCACAAGAGGCUGUGGCCCGAGUGACUUCACUGAACAUGAAAAAGAGUUCACGCGCCGUGGUUUUCAUUUCAACUGACGACAACCCGGUCAAAAUGAGUCUGCCUGUCUCCAGCCUCGGCAACACAACACCAGACUGUGUCAAUGUGUGGAUGACGUCUUUUCUAGAUGAAUCUUGGAUUAUCUCCACCACUGUCACAUGUGCGGUAGUGCUGGCUCUGAUCAUGGCAGUCAUAACUUUGAAGCGUAACAAAACCAUCUGGAUUUUCCUGAUAACGAAAAUCAAAGGUCAACCCAUACCAAACCCGGCAAAGUCCUUCCUGAAGGAUGUUAAUUUCCAAAGUUAUCUGAGCUCUAGGCUCACAAACCUCUUCACACCACUGGAAAUCACCUCCAUAGAGAUUGUCUCCCCUGUGAAGCUUGUCCCUUUCAAGCCGGAGGCAGAACUGCUAGAGAAGAUGAAGAGCAAAAGCAGUUACGAUUCCUCCAAUUCCGGCUUCUCCAACCCCAGCUAUGCCCAUCUCGGUUCUGCUCCACCUGUUUCUGUCUCUUUGCUCACUGCAGGAAAUCUGGAUCCCUGUGCAGCUGAUACACCUUACGGACCUGUUUGUAGUCAAAGUGAGGAUAAAGAUGCAGGACAGGAGAGGGAGGAAGUUAGAGAAAAAGACGUGAAGAUCCUGAAACUGCUCUCCAACGGCUGCAACAAAGGCAAUCCUCCACUGGUCAUUUCUGACUAUGAGAAGGUGGAGAAGGUCCAGCUGGAGCGCUCCAGGCUUCAGAGUCUAGAUUCAGGUGUGUGUAACGGUGAGGAGCCCAGUCAGGAGAGCCUGGAGGCAGACAGCAUCAAUGUGACUGAGAGCCACGAUGAAAUAAAUGAGGAGAGAGAGGCCGGGAAAGAAACAGAAGGAGUUUUUCAGAAGCUGUUUGGAGGGAAUGUUGAUAUUUCCGGAAAAGGCUCCAUCCAGGUUUGUUACGAUUAUGAGCGAGUCCAAAAGCUGCAGCCUGACAGCCCUGAGCUCCAGAGCCUGGACGUUAACAAUGAGAUCGAGGAGCAUUUUGGUCACCAGGAGAGCCUGGAGGACACUGACAAGUCCUCUGAAUCAACAAACCUCCUUCCUCCUCCAUGCUCCUUUUCAUCAGUCACAGCCAUGUCUUCAAAUCUCAACGGACCAGCUUUUAGACCAGCACCACAUUGUAACAUACUUGCUCUAAUGACUACAAGGUGGUCUUUGGAGGCUUCGGGUGACGGAUACAUGCCAAAACAGGUAGAGAGCUAA